UUUCUCUCUCAAAACCAAUCACACACAUGAUUUUGUACAAGGUCGCAUUUGCCACUUCUAAAACUGCACGAGAAGAAACUUCAGCAUGAUUUCUAACCUGUGUUGCCAUUUUCUCAUUAUUCUUCUACUUGGUCUUGCAAUUUUCGUUCGGGUCGGAACUUCUCGCUCCAAGGUGGAAGUGCUUCCCGGCUUUGAAGGACCUCUUCCUUUCGAACUGGAAACUGGUUAUGUGGGAUUGGGAGGAAAAGAUGAUGACAUGCAAGUCUUUUAUUACUUUAUUAAGUCAGAGAGCGAUCCUCAGAAAGACCCUCUUAUGCUUUGGUUGUCAGGGGGUCCUGGUUGCUCUUCAUUAACGGGUCUUCUCUUUCAAAUAGGUCCACUUGCACUCGACACUGAGUCAUAUGAUGGGAGCUUGCCAAAUUUGAUCUUGAGGCCACAGUCCUGGACUAAGGUAUGUAGCAUUAUUUUUGUAGAUUUGCCUUUUGGAAGUGGCUUCUCGUAUGCAAAAAAUCUCACUGCUCAACGGAGUGACUGGAAAUUAGUUCACCAUACCCAUCAAUUUCUUAGGAGGUGGCUGAUUGAUCACCCGGAAUUUCUUUUAAAUGAAUUUUACAUGGGAGGUGAUUCAUAUUCUGGCAUACCUGUCCCUGGUAUUGUUCAAGAAAUUUCAAAUGGAAAUGAAAUAGGUCUGCAACCACAGAUAAAUCUCCAGGGAUAUCUGUUAGGGAACCCAAAAACAACAGGAAAAGAAAAUAAUCAUCAAAUCUCAUUUGCUCAUGGAAUGGGACUUAUUUCUGAUGAACUCUAUGCGUCACUGCAGAGAAAUUGUAAAGGAGAGUAUAUCGAUAUUGAUUCCAGAAACGAAUUGUGUUUAAGAGAUAUGAACUACUUUGAAGAGUGCCUUUCAGAAAUUGAUAUGUGGUACAUUUUGGGACACUGCUGCAAAGUUGAUUUGCCUAAGAAACAUGAAGCUCCGUGGAGGAGAUAUCUGUAUCAAAAGUUUGAGGCCUCUCUUAAUUCUUAUUAUACGAGAGAGCCAAACUUAUGCUGCAAUAUUUUUAGUGACUUCAUUUCCGCUCAAUGGGCCAAUGAUGAGAGUGUUCGCAAGUCGCUGCAUACUCGAGAGGGAACUAUAGGAAAAUGGAAACGCUGUAACCAAACUGAUUUUGAGUACCAGAUCUCUAGUAGCUUCGACAUUCAUGUAAAUCUUAGUGCAAAAGGAUACCGUUCAUUAAUAUACAGCGGAGAUCAUGAUGCAGUUGUUCCUUUCAUAUCGACCCAAGCGUGGAUUAGGGCUCUAAACUACUCCAUUGUGGAAGAUUGGAGGCCAUGGCUUAUAGAAGGACAAGUUGCAGG